GCCAGCGUCGUGGUAUUAUCAGUGUCCGAGACAUACGUCGUAACCAAUUCUUUCGUCGUUCUUCCUUUUUUAUUUUCUUACUAAAAAGAAAUUACUUCAGCAGUUGUUUCCAUCAAAUAUUCUACGAAGAUUAUAAAAUCAUUGAGAUACGUAACGAUAUUUUUGUUCCAUUGACGUCGUAGUUUUAUCAUUUAUUUUACUGACUUUUAUUUCUUUUUUUUUUCUUUUUUAUUUUUUUCUUUGGAAAUUAUUAAGAAAACAAAAAAAGUUUCAUUGCCGUUAUCGUAUUUUUUCGAGUUUAUGAUAACGAAAUAAGCAUCGUGACAAUAGGAUGACAACGACGUCAUUUUUAAACGACAAUAAUUGAUAUCUCUUGUAUUUUUAGGAAUAGGGUAGUGUAAUUAGAUGCACGUGAAUUCAUAUAUCUAUGCACAUAUGUAUCUAUAUAUUUUCUUUUAUUGAGAAAUGGAAAGUAUAGAGAUAAAGACGUAAUAGGUAAAAGUACGUGUCUUUCGAAAGGCAAUUUAAUUCAGAGAAAGGUGUGUUUUUUGUGCCGUUACUGACGUUUGAAUUGUCGUAUCGUCGAUCGGACUAAUUGAAUUAAUUAAAGUCAUCCGUCACGAAAAACAUUUGCGUAUUGUGCACUUUCUACAAACACCUGGUUCUACGAAUCGUGCAAUUCCUUAGUUUGAUUAAAAGGGUUUUUGAUGAAGGGAUAAUGACAAGAGUGAUUAUUUAAUAAAAAUUAUUAUUUAAUAAAUAUCGUUUUACCAAUCAGAGAAAUUCUUCUACCGAGAUUAAAAAGUAAAUCGUGCGUUUGAAGAAGGUCGAAAUGUCGGCGACGAUUAAAAGACGGAAGACUUGGUACAAUAAAACCGAGGCUGGUAACAAGCUCGAGUCAUGGUUUACCAGGCCCAAAAAAUCUGGUCGUGGAGGUGGAGUCAGGAGUGGUACGGAUAACAACACAAUGCCUCGGCCACAUUCUGGCGAUGAUUUUAAUGAGAUCGAACAGCAGCGUUGUAUCAUUGAGAAAAUGGACGAGGAAGCUGUUAACGAUCGUUUCGAAGAAAUGUUGGCAAACAUGAAUUUAACGGAGGAGAAAAAGGCUCCGCUUCGUCAGCAAUCCGAAUCGAAGAAGAGAGAGAUGUUGGUGUUACAUUACAAGGGUAGCAUGCAAGAGAAUAGAUCAAAAUUCGACAAACCAGCUGAUUACAUUCAAUAUCUAGCUCAGCCGGAUCUAAGUGUAAAUAAGAUUCACAAUUGUAUAGAAUCACUUAGAAUUGCACUGACUAAUAAUCCUUUAAGUUGGGUUCAAGAAUUUGGUACUAAGGGAUUGAAGCAGGUUUUAGCAACACUCAACGAAUGCUACAGAAAUGCCUUCAUAUAUUAUGAUAGCGAUAAUCGAUACGAACGGAUACAGUACGAAUGUAUACGAUGUUUAAAAGCGAUAAUGAAUAAUACCGUUGGAAUAAAGGAGAUGUUAGCUCAUCACGAAGCUUUGACGAUAGUGGCAAGAUCGUUGGAACCCACUAAACCAUCGGUGAUGUCGGAAGCUGUAAAGUUAUUAGGUGCAGUCUGUUUGAUUUCGAGCGAUAGUCAUAAAAUGGUUUUAGAUGCGAUCACUAUGAACGGCGAGUUCAAGGGCAGAGAAAGAUUUUUACCCAUUGUACAGGGAUUGAUGAAUAGGAAGAAUGAAAAUUUAAGAGUAGUGUGCCUUCAACUUAUAAAUUCGAUUAUUAAUUCUGCCGAGGAUCUAGACUUUCGAUUACAUUUAAGGAACGAAAUAAUGCGAGUAGGAUUAGCGGAUAUAUUAGAAGCUUUAGAAAAGGAUAAGUCCGACGAUUUGUCUCAUCAUUUAAGGAUCUUCAACGAAUAUAAGGAAGACGAUUACGAGUUAUUUGUACAAAGAUUUGAUCACGUUCGAUUGGAAUUAGAUGAUGUCAAUGAUUGCUUCGAGGUAGUGAAAAAUAUGGUUAUGGAGACUUCCGCCGAGCCGUAUUUCUUAUCGAUAUUACAGCAUCUACUACUUAUCAGGGACGAUGCUUUGGUGAGACCAGCUUAUUAUAAAUUAAUAGAAGAGUGCGUAUCGCAAAUUGUGUUACAUCGUUCAGGCUGUGAUCCGGACUUCAGUGCGACGAAACGGUUUCAAAUAGACGUACAACCAUUGAUCGAUACUUUGGUCGAGAAAUCUCGAGCCGAAGAGGAGCGACGUUUAAUGGAAGUGUCUCAAAAGUUGGAAGAAGCUAUAGCUAGUAAACAGGAGGCUGAGGCGAAGCUUCAACACGCUGAAAACAAAAUUAAGGAACUCGAACAAGGGACUGGAAAAAGUGGAGGGGGAGGAGGAGCUAGUACGAAAACAAAUUGUCCGAUAUUACCACCUCCGAUACCUGGUUCGAAUGUAACACCACCACCGCCACCACCUCCACCACUUCCAAACUCGAUUGGACCACCGCCACCACCUAUGCCACCUGGAAUGGGUGUAUUACCACCACCACCACCUCCAAUGCCUGGAACAAAGGGACCACCUGGUAUGGGAGGUCCAAUACCUCCACCUAUGCCAGGAAUGGGAGGUCCUCCACCUCCUCCUAUGAUGGCUGGAAUUACAUCCAUGAUGCCGUCGUUACCUAAUGGAUUGAAACCUAAGAGAAAGUGGGAGGUCGAAGGUCGAUUGAAGAGGCCUAACUGGAAAGCAAUAUCACCGCAUCAGUUGACGGAAGAAGUAUUUUGGACAAAAGUGCAAGAGGAGAGAUUAGCCGGUCCGGAAAUACUCGAUGGUUUAGCACAAAAGUUCGCGUCGAAACCAAGUGGCAAGAAAAUCGAUGACGUCGUAGAUAAAUCGGCAACCAUAAAAAAAGUGAAAGAUCUCAAGGUUUUAGAUAGUAAAGCUGCACAAAAUAUAUCGAUACUUCUUGGUGGUACGUUAAAGCAUAUGUCGUACGAAGAUGUCAAAGGAUGUCUUUUUAGAUGCGAUGGACCAGUUAUCUCGGAUAACAUAUUGCAAGGUUUAAUUCAAUAUUUACCAUCGCCAGAUCAAUUAGCGAAAUUUCAACUUUACAAAGAUAAUUAUGAUGAUUUGACGGAGGCCGAACAAUUUUGCGUUACGAUAUCGACGAUCAAAAGGUUAUUGCCCAGGUUAAAAUCAUUGAGUUUUAUGCUGAGAUACGAGGAAUUGGUACAGGACAUUAAACCAGACAUAGUGGCAGGAACGGCAGCUUGCGAGGAAGUUAGAGGAAGUAAAAAGUUUGCAAAGAUACUCGAAUUGAUUUUAUUGUUUGGAAAUUAUAUGAAUUCCGGGGGUGGAGCUUCUGGUCAAGAUUUUGGGUAUCAGCUUAGUUUUCUAACCAAGUUGACAAGUAUAAAGGCUGCGGACAACAAAGAAACUCUUAUGCAUUACUUAGUAUCUACGAUAGAGAGAAAAUUCCCAGAAUGUUUGAGUUUUACCGAAGAAUUGGCACACGUAGAUAGGGCGAGCCGUGUCUCUUUAGAUAACGUACAGAGAAUACUUCGUCAAAUGGAUUCUAACAUACGAAAUCUUGAACAAGACCUUUCUAAUGCUAGAAUUCCACAAUGCGAGGAAGAUCUAUUUUCGGAGGUCAUGACUCCAUUUGCUAAGAAAGCCCGUGAAUCUUGCGAGGUAUUGAAGAACAUGUUUAAAAAUAUGGACGGUCUUUACACCGAAAUCUCUGUAUUCUUCUGUUUCGACAAACAGAAGUAUACAAUCGAGGAAUUGUUCAGCGACAUAAGGACGUUCAAAGAUGAUUUCGUGCAAGCACAAAAGGAGAUGUUAAAGCUAAGGGAAGCGGAAGAGAAACAAAGAAGAGCGAGAGAAGCGAGAGAGAAGGCGGAAGCUGAGAAAGCGGCACGAGCGGCGCGAAAGAAAGCGCUUGUCGAUAUGAACGCACAUGAUACUCAAGAAGGUGUUAUGGAUAGUUUGAUGGAAGCACUUCGAACUGGUUCUGCUUUUAGUCGGCCGGAUCAACGACGCAAGAGGCAAACACGCAUUGCUGGUGCAGAAAGGAGAGCACAACUUAAUAGGAGUCGAUCGCGUACAGGACUGGUUGGAUCUGGUUUGCUUGGAAGAGAGCCAUAAACAAACCUUUUAAGUUCAGCAGUAAUAUACCAGAAUGUCAGAUUUCCGUCCUAAACUUGAUGCUGUGAUGGUUUUACACUUCGGUUAUGUUUGGAAUGCCAGAGACAACUAGAUAGAACACAUGGUGUUUCAUCCAGCAAAAACGCAAGAAAUAUCGCGUCCGAUUAUUAUUAUUAUUAUAAUUCGUUAAUAAUAGAACCGUCGGUUGUUAAUAAGUUCGAUAUAGUCUUCCCUUACGUACUUCGAUGUUAUCUUCUGGGUACAACGUUUUAUCAUUAAAUUCUUAUGAAAUAAUUUUACAUAUAAAAACGGAGCUAUGCAUCGAUAUUAUUCUAAAAAGCAUAAAGCAAAAAGGAACGAUUAUGAUCAUGCCGAAAAAAACAUUUCGUUAUUAUUUUUAGGAGAUAUAUGAUAUAAUACUGGUAAUAUCAAUAUUAGAAAACCUAAAAUAUAAUUAAAAAAAAAAAAAACAAACAAAAAAAAAACAACAAAAAAACAACAAAAAAACAACAAAAAAAAAGUUUGAAUAUAUUUAACAAACAGGAAUCGAUGAUCUUGGUGCAUAAUAAUUUUUCUUAAUUACGCUUUUAAAACUUAUCGAUUCUCGCUCAAAAAAGGAAAUUUCAUUGCAAAUCGAGUCAGUCAUACAUAUCUAUGGUAUCUUUCGUUAUUCUAUCCUUUUUUUUAGUCUUCUUCUUUUUUUCUCUGUUUUUUUUUCUUUUUUUUUUCUUUUUUUUUUUCUUUUUUUCUUUUUUUUUUUCAUUUUACAAUGCGCUUGUACGAGGACAUUGAAAAUGGCUCUGAUUUAAAGGACGAUUGAUAAUUUGGUGCUCGAUAAUUCGUAAAAAUAUCAUUCAAAUGUCGUGGUAAUCAAAAUUAAUCAAUCGUAAUCGCGUUUGAUUAAUAACCAAAGAUCAAGUAGCAUUUCUUUGUCAUUGUCAGCCAUUAUGAAGAUGAUUAUUAAAAUUCAAACGAUACGUUGAUUCAACGUUGAUGUAACGUUAGUUAUGUCGUCCUAGUGAUAUUUAAACAUAUACAUAGAUAAGCACAGAUACAGACAUAGACAGACAGACACGCACACACACACAGACACACAACGCACGCAUGCAUGCAUAUACGCACGCGUUCAAACACAUCUUGACAUACUUGUGCAACAUGUGAGUGCAUAUUGCCAAUAUAUUUUAUACGUGUAUAGUAUAUAUGCACAUAAGUUUUGUAUAGAUGUAAUUGCAAUGUUACUAUUAUUGUAUAAUGUUAGAUAGCGUUGGAUAAUUAAAUGAUUACUGUAAAGUACUUGUCGAGGAAACUGAUGUACAUAUAUAUAUAUGUACAUAUACAUAUGUAUAUAUAUAUAUAUAUAUAUACACAUAUCAUACGUAUAUAUUAUAUAUAUAUAUAGAUAUAUGUAUGUGAUAUAUAUAUAUAUAUAUAUAUAUAUAUAUAUAUAUAUAUAUAUAUACAUAUGUUCGUCUCUAUUCCAUUAUAACGUAAGUAAUAAUGGGAAGAUAAAAAUGUGUUCUUAAUUUUUAUUAAAUAAGACAAAUACACACAGGGAAAAGGAACGCGUGCUCCGAAUUGUGCACGUCUUUUGUGAUAUGCAAUUGUUUUUAUACUAUACGAAGAGAGCGUUUACUUACGUUAGAAAAAAGGAGAAACAGGUGUUUUCUAUUAUUCUUUUUAGUAAUGUAACCUUCAUUUGAAAGUAUUGCAUUUAUAGGAAAACGUUCAGAUAUAGUCUUGCAAAGUUGAUAUUCAGGUGGUCUCUCUCUUUUUUUUAUCUUUUUUUUCUUUCUUUCUUUUUUUCUUUUUUUUUUUUUUUUGUUUAACGAGAAUCACACACUGGUGCAAGUUCCAAUCAAGUGAUAUAUUUGUACAUAGUUUCUACGUCGUCUAACUUUAAGGAGGCACAAAAUUUUCAUUUUAUAAACUAUAUAUAUAUAUAUAUAUAUAUAUAUAUAUAUAUAUAUAUAUAUAUAUAUAUAUAUAUAUAUAAUUUUUGGAUAAGUAGAGAAAUUAACGCGAUCGGGCAGAACGAUAUAUUUCAUAAAAAAAAAGAAAAGAAUAAAUAAAUAAAAAAUAAAAAAGAAAACGUUCUGUUUUAGAUCGGCAUACUCACAAGAACAAUAGGUAUGAUUUUUCGGUAAUAUGGUGCCAAAUUUUCUAUUACACAUAUACACAUUUUGUAAGACAUAGGAUAAACAAUUCUAUUUCACUUUCUAUGUCUAAUAUAUCAGCUUAUUUUACAAUAUGAAUUUUAUAAUCGUGCCUAUUAAAAUCGCUCUAUAAUAUACAAUUGAAUUUAUUUUUCGAAUCUCAAAGGUCGUACGCUAUGAUGAUAAUGAAUCAUUCAUAUUAUAGUUUAAUAUCAAAAUUUAAAGAAAAAUUUGUAUCUAUAAUGUGAAUAUGUGAAUUUUAAUAAUAUUAAUGUGUUAUUAUUGAGAUACACAAGACAUUCAAGACAUCCGUCAUAUCGCAGAUUGUAUUCAUUUGAUAUUCCCGAUAUGUAAAUAUUUUAUAUAUAAUUAUACAUAUAAUUCAUACACAUAUAUAUAUAUAUAUAUAUAUAUAUAUAUAUAUAUAUGUUAUAUAUAGAUAAAAGUAGGAGAUUUAAGCAAUACCGAUGUUAAAAGAAAACCGGGAAAACGUAUGUGUCUACAUAUCUACUCUCGCAAGAGCAAGUUAGAAUUGUACGUUUACUCGAUAAGGAUGGAAAGUGAAAAGCGCGAGAAAUCCAGUUUGGUUUAAAUACUGCCACCAAUGGAAUGAAGAAAUUGCCGUAUGUACGAAAACGAUCGCGUGCGAAUAAGGAACGAUUGCGGAGUUUUAAAAAAUGCAUAUUAGCAAUCGAAACGAUCUAAUUGCUAUAUAAAUGGCAUUUUAAAUUAGACGAAGGACGGUUAAGAGCUAUAUAUAUAUAUAUAUAUAUAUAUAUAUACACCGUUAUUGUAAUUAAUUUUAUUUUAUAUGUAAGUUUCCUAGUAUCAUUAUCUCGGUUUUAUAAUGCUCAUGUAAUUAUAGUCGAAGUCAGUAAUUAGUCACAUAAGUCAUUCCAGCGAAUGACUCGUCUUCGAUCGUUCGCCGAACAAUAAUCGUUUCGUCUCUCGAUAGAAAAAAAGAUCGACGAAAUAAAACAAAAUUUAACAUCA